CCCCGCUUCUAUAAGUACACCCAACGCUCGCAUCUUCUUCUUCUUCAUUGCACUCUCUUUUUUGUUUCCGACUUUCCUUUUGUCGUUUUCUGUUUCCUAGGUUUUUGGCGUCUCUGCGAAAGCCUUUUUGUUUUAGCUUCACUAAUGGCACAGGAGGAGGUUCAGAACGGAGGAGUAGAGGAGGUAGCUGUGGUGACUUUCACGGCGGUGAAACCUCAGCUGAUGGUGGAGGCACCCAAGGCAGCUGAUGCGGUGCAGUUCUACAAGUUCGCGUUCGGCGCUGUCGAGGUUGACCGUACUGUGCACCCUAAGCGCAAGGCCGAGCAGGAGCUCCCUCACAUCCUCUCCGCUCAGCUUGAGUUAGCUGGCUCCACCAUUCUGGUUUCUGACACCGCUGAAAGCUCUGCUAUGUUGAAAACCGAGGGGACAGGAUGUGUGCUCUGUCUCGAGACUGAGGACGUAGAAGCUGCUAUCGCUAAGGCUGUGAGCGCUGGAGCUGUUGCGGAGGGUGAGAUAACUGAGGGCGACGGCGCGUACUGCGGCGGUCGCGUGGGCAAGGUGAAGGAUCCGUAUGGUUACGUUUGGCUUAUCUGCUCCCCUGCCAAGAAGUGCGCAGAUGUGGAGGCGUAGAUGCCGUUUGAUCUUUUGAUUUAUAUUAUCAGCUUUAACUUUUCUGUGAUGUCAG